AUGGACAAUUCCUUCCUUCUCGCCGCCGACCCAACAGCCMUUGCAAACUACCUCCGAACUCAAGCUACACAGUUGGGCAAUGAAGCGGUGACCAAGGAUCUAUUGGCCAGAGUUGACAGCGAGUCCUUGCCGCCUCGCGUCUAUGUUGCCUGGUUGUCCGCCGGCGGAGAUGUUGAAGCCAUUCUUCAAGGCCUUGCUUUCCAGAACUCACAGACUGUAAGACAGGCUUCCAUUACACGUUUUGGAAAGCUCUUCCGCACUCGACGAGUCAAAGACAUCUGGGGUACCGUCGGUGGAACUGCUGGAGUCAUUGAUUAUCUCGCGACGGCCUCGGUUCUCGACGUGAAGCGCUUCUGCAAUGAGAUUCGCCGCUCUGCGACAGCAAAAGUAAAUACCACCGACAGAGUGGCAUUCGUGGAUGAGCUGUACAAUGCACUCCGCGAUACCGCUGCUUCUCGAGGCAAUCUCGAGACCGAUGGACGGCCACUAUCAAGCAUCUACAAUCGCAUCUUCUCGGCCUGCUCGCAGGAGCUGAUCUUGUCGGCAGUGGAUGGCAAGUCUGGGAUCGAAGACGUCAAAAAUGGAGAAUCGGCCUUCUUCGCUCGGACUGCCCUGUUCCGAUCGAGAUGUCUCCUGGAGCUCCAAAAUCCUUCGGUCGAUGUAGACAUGGAGAAAGUUCGUGCUCUAUUGGACACCUGCUCAAACGAUGCUGCCUCUCCCCGGGAUGCCAAUCUGACCGCCAACAAUCUCUUCGCCCUGGAAGCUCUUGAGCUUCUCUCCGGAAGGAAAGAGCUCAAAGGAGACGCCAAAGUCAUCCUUUCGGAGUUGGCGACUCCUUUAUUUCGGAGACUGUCACGACGGAAAUGUUUGCCGGAGACAAUUGUCAGGGCUACACUGGCAUACGUCAAUUUUGCACAGCGCCACAUACCCAAACGCAUGUCAUUGCAAGAWCUCUUUAAUUGUCCGGGCAUCUGCCUGGUAAAGCACUGGGGACGAAGUCCCGACCUGCUGGAAGAUUCGCUGGUCAUUUUCCUGCGUCUUGCACCAAAGGGGAAUCUAACGUUGCCUAGUGAAUGGCUCAAAUUGGUCAAAUGUGUGCCGAGUGCAUUGCGUCUUCGACUUCUUCGUAUGGCUUCACGGUGCGAUCUCAAUGUCGACAGUGAGCUCAAGCAAAUACAAUGGGACUCACCAUUACUGCUCGCACUUCCCCGGCCGGAAGCACUGCAAAUUCUUCGACGACUGCUCGCAAUCAAUGCAGAGAAUCUCCACGAAAACUACAAGCCAGAACGGCGCCAGACUGAACGCGUUCUCUUGAUGGUGAGGCUAUCCCAACAUGAGCCAAACUUGCUCGAAUUGGCCACUGCUGGGGUGGAAGAGCACAAGAAGAAAGCCAGUCAAGCUCGUGAGCAGACCAGUCGUGCUUCAUACAUAUCGCUCGCGCUUGAGAUAGCUGCCGCAUCGCAAUGUAUUGAGCUCUUCCGUCAGACGUUGUUGUGGACGAGAAAGUAUAUCAAAGAUCCGCUUACGGCGAUGGAGAUAUUCCAAGGGCCAGUCUUGACUUCGAAUGAGUCUCUCGGAUUACUACGUGGAUUUCCUGAUACGCGGCAUGACUGUGCCCUACUCACUCGGGAUCAGGUAGCUUUUGAUGUGCAGAAAGCAAACACCAUCAUCACCGAGUGCUUUGAAACGGCAUGCCAAGCACAGCGAGAACCAGGCUUCAAGUCUUACCAUUGGCAUAUCGUUCUUGGAAUGAUGAGUGCCGCUGUUGGUAAAAGGUAUGAGAGUGUCAAUGUCUUGCAGGACACGUUGCGGCUGUCAGACGACGAAGUUUUUGACACUGUUUGGCGAGACACCCUCGCGACGUGCAAGAGUUUGGAAGUAUUAGGAUUACACGACGAUAAUGCGAGCCUGGAAUUCCACACCCUUGGAGGUCCUCCGAUGAACAGCAACUCAGUAUUGCCGGUCCUGGUUGAUCCGCGUCCGGCAACACUUCGCUUCUUGGACACUCUUGCCAAAGACCGGAAUGACUUCUGGGUACAAUAUCGCAGAAAGCAUGUUCCUGCUACGAUGACGCUCGACGAGCCAUACCCCAAAGGUCUACCACUCGAGUGCAUCGUACCGGUCGAUCUCAGCCAAUGCAAAUCAGCUCCAGAUCUUCCUUAUCUAACUUCGCGAGCAAAAGCAGUCGUCUUUGUUCCUGCAGACAUUGCCAUGACACCCCAGCCGUCUUCCGAUGAUGAUGCCRGCGCCAUUGGAGCUUUCGUGGAGAGUUGGCAGGGCGCGCUGACCAAGUACGUCUACUUGAGCCAGAACCGUCAAGAUUCAGCUCUCGCGGCAUGGGAAUAUGCCAUAGGACCUCUAUCUGCAACGCGAAUGUCUGAUCUGGAGGCGCACGUAUUCUGGUCCAGAAUAUUUUCAGAUUCCCUCGAGGAAGCCAAAGUGGACGGACCGUGGGAGGAAGAACCAGCUCAACCCCCUCCUCCUUGCUUACCUGCAGUUGAAGACGACGAGCAACACACUGAAUGGAGUCCGGAGGGUAGUACAAAACACCUUGAGAUCAAAUCUAGUCGCAGGCUAGAACCUGCAAGGAUCGAUGCGAUGCUUAAUGCGUUUCGGAGCGCUGACAAGACGAUUCACUCUGGACCCUUCAUAGAUAGCUUCUCGGAGACACGCUGUCAUGUACUGCAAUAUUUCUGGUCGAGGUGGAGAAAUCCACGAACAGUAAUGUCACCUGCAACACGGGAAGCUGUUGCUGCUGCUGCUAUACUUCAUGUCAGUGAGGCAAACAAGCUGUCCCCAGGAAUACUAUCUACAAAGUUUCCAUCCAAAGAAGAAACAAGAUUCCCUUCACUCUUUCUUGAUGGGGACUUUCUUGAGAGGGAGGAUCCCAAGCACACUCACCUUUUCGCGUGGGGUGCCAUGAUGCGUCUUUCAAAAGAUUUCCCACCCACGCUGCUCUUACGUCUGGCAAGGUCGUUGAUUGAAGCCUCGACAGCCAGCAAAGAUCGGUCACCGGACCAUGCUCUGAAGCUGCUUCGAGUAUUGAUCAAAGGGGACAGACCUCAGAUGGCCCUUGAUAUGAUUCAGGAACUCGUUCUUGGCCGGCCUGAUGAUUCCUCUUGGCAACGUUUGAUACUGAACAGAGGGUUGCUAAGUGCUCUUCCAAAACAAAUCGCUGAGCAGUUCCUUCAAAGUUUGAGCGGUGCCAUGCAGAGAAGACUUUCCGCCUACAAAGAUAAAACCUCGGACCAGAAUUCUCCCCGGAUCAAGGUGACGACGGUGAAGCUCCUCUCACAGCUCAUCUCUGGCACGAUGUUCAUUGACGACUCUUUUGCAACCUCGAUCUUGAUCGGUCUCCUGGCCAGCACAUCGCACAUUGACAUUCGGGUUUGCGUGAUGGAAAGCCUUGUUGGCAUCCUUACCAAAAGUCAAGACAAGGAUCUUUGUGAUGAAAUCGUUGCCGCUUUCGAAACACAUCUGGUACCUGUCAUGUCUGGGAUCAACGAGCGAAUACCAUUGAGCGAGGAAGAGUGGAUGUCCUACAGUUCAGACAACCUCCCAGAACUGUAUGGGCUUCGAUGGGGUGAUCUGCCCCCGAUACUGUCAUACAUGAUCUCGGCUGUUGAGCAGGCCGAUAAGAGCAUCCGACAACAGCUCUUUGAUCGGAUCCUUAUGCCCACGUUUUGGAAGAGCUGCGAAGUCAAUGGUCGUUGGAWGCAAAUGUUCAUGAAGAAGCAUGGAGUAACUCUUCUACCAGAGUCGCUUCCAUCUGCACCCGCGCAUUUGCAAUUUCUGGUCGACUUGAUGAAGUGGCCGGAAUACAUUCCCGCAUCUGUGCUUGAUCUCUGGCUUCAAAUCUUGACAGUCGUCCUUCAACCACCUUCUGACAUCUCAGCAAUGAACAAGAUCGUUUCGGAAGACGCGGAUCUGCGACGCUCGAACGAUGGAUCGCACUGGAUGGCCCUUUGGGGAGGUAGCGCUCAGCAGAUUUUAACAUACAGAUCAAAGCCGAUAUCAAUGCUACUGAAAGAACCAUCUACUACUGGACCCAACGGCCUCACUGUCGAUCAUAUCCAGAGAGCGGUGCUGCAACAAUUUGAUCUCAUGCUGCCCUUCAAUGGUGGCAUAUCGGAAAACAUUUCCUGGAUUUCCUUUGUCGACAAUUUGAAGCCACUCGCUUGGACGUCGAAGAACCUUGGCUUGUGGCAUCAGAACAUCAAGCCUCUUCUGACAGAAAUGCUCAACAAGGUUGAAAAGCUCCGCACGCCUGAAUGGCGACGAGACAAGAACCGCUCCCCGGCAACAUUACCCGACACCUUCGAAUGGCGACUAUGGCUUCUUACACCCACCCUACAAUCCAAAGAGUCCCACAACAACGACAUGAAUCUCCUCGCAACAUCAAUCCUGGAAUUACUUUCAGAGAUGAGCAGAUCCAAUCGAGCAUACAUGAAAAAAUACGAAACCCUCGUGGACUUUAUAAAAAUUUACGGAACUGCACAUGAAUGGACGAAACUUGCUUUAAUCUUCGGUGAUGAUCUCGAUGAAGUGGUGGAUUAUGAAGACUUUUCCACGCUCGAGGAUCUGAGGGCGGAUCUUACGAGUAAGUUACUCGAGGCCGCACGCGAUGAUCCGCCCGGGGAGGAAGAACUUUUAGAGAAAGUUAGAGGGAUGGUGGGGAAGAUGGGUGAUUGUCUUGAUGAGGGGAUACGGGCUGUGGGAUCGAAGUUGCGUCGACAACGUGAUUAUAAUGGAUUGAGGUGGUAUGCUGAGAUUCCUGUUGAUGGUUGA